GAACUGUGAAUGGAUAUUUAUAGUAAAAUACAGGUAUUAACUGAGUAGGACAUUUUUUCCAGUUUACUGGGCCAGCAGAAACAGUCAGUGUGUAUAUUCAGGAUCAUACACUUCACAAAUAAUGGAGACAGUAGAUCACAACUUGAUACAUACUGGCCUAUAAUGCUGCAUUUACUUUGCUGAUGCUAAACAGAAUGUUUGAAAUACGUUUUCAGUUAAACACCAAGAUACUAAAGCUCAAGGUAAGACUAUAUAAAUUCAAGAUCUUGGAUGACCAUGAAUACAAAAUAAAAAUCUUCUAGCUCAAUCAGAAAAUUAUUUAUUUUAGUGGGUGACCAGUGCUGAACCUGGGGGCCAAAAAGAUCAUUUGCCUAAUUACUCCACUGAAUAAACGUUUUCCUGAAUUACAUGUGGUGCUACUCAUUUACACUGAUUCUGGCCGUGCUUAACAGAAUAUCUGAUAAAGUGUUUUCUUUUGCCUUUAUCUUGUGCAUAGCUUGUGUGUGCAUCUUCUGUGGUUGCUAUUAGCCGUGGAUUGCUGUAACUCAGGAGCUUUAAUUCAUUACAUUUCCCUGUUUUCUACCUUCCCCCAUUUUACGGUCAGCUCGGAUCUGAAGAAGAAAUGGAGGACUACCGAACCUAAACGCCAGCACGCGCUUGGCUUCUUUACGCCUAGUCGACCUCCGGCUCCGUUCCAGCCAGAUAAACGUAACUGCUAACGUUUGAAAGUAAAGGUUGGAGAAUGUCGGUGAAAUAUGAAGGUACUCGAUCGUCUCGCUCAUUAUUGUUAGAAGACAACAUGGCAGCAUUCGUCAGCUUCGAGCUCGAGUGCGUGGUCGACACAAGGAAGUAACGCGCAACUGCAUCUGGCAACCCUGCAUCAGUCCAAACAGGCGACUAAUGUAACAAAUAAAAAACGCAAUGUAGCAGUGAAAGCAGCCCUUCUGUUAACAUGCCUUCUUCCCUCGCCUUCAACGGCACCAUCGCAGCUCCCCAAAACGUCCUGAGUGCGUGCUGCGCUGGGCUUGAUAUUCCUGCGCACGGGGCUUGCGCGCUUUGGAGGGAGGGGGCGUUCAACGUAAACGCAACCGAAAACACGCGUCCACAUCUUUUAGCUCCGCCGGGCCGUAUUUUUAGUGGAAAGAGACGUGUACCUUGCAUUGGCCCGACUGUACGGGGCGUCGUGUCGUGUCCCCGUGCUGUUGACGAGGGGAACUAUUUGCGGGCGCGCGGAAGGCUGGCAGCCCGGGCCGUGUGCGCGGGGUGAAUGGAGGCGCAGCUCUUCCUGGUGCUGAACAAACACAACUAUAGGGCAGCCAGCUCUGCUCUCCCCGCGCGGCCGCACGCCUGCUCCGGAGCCCCGACAGCGCAAACAUGGCCAGGGACAGCAAACACGUCGCGCAGCUGAAGUCUGAGCUCUACUUCCUAAUCGCCCGAUUUUUGGAAGCUGGACCUUGUCAAGACGCGGCGGAGACCCUGAUACGGGAGGUCCAGGAGAAGGAGCUGCUACCCAAAAGGAUAGAUUGGACUGGGAAAGAACACCCUGGGAGUUACGAACAUUUGGUGAAGUUAUAUAAGCACAUUUCCUCUGAUCACCUGUUGCGAGUGUGUGAGCGUGUGAGUCCUCUCCUGGAGAGAGAGGUUGCAGCCAGUGUACCUGGAGUGAACUCACUGCUGGGAAUCGGGCGCCAGUCUUUACUACGCACCAACAAGAGUUGUAAGCACGUGGUAUGGAAGGGAUCUGCUCUCGCAGCACUGCACUGUGGCAGGCCGCCCGAGCCACCAGUCAUCUAUGGAAGCCCGCCCAAUAUUGUGGAGACAACUUACAGUCGCAGGCUGAAUGGUUCAUACCGUUUGGGUCAGCUGGUCCCGACAGCCGUUUACACACACAUGAAGAUGCACAAGAGGAUUCUGGGACACCUGUCGUCUGUGUACUGCGUUGCCUUCGAUCGGACUGGUCGCCGCAUCUUCACGGGUUCGGACGACUGUCUGGUGAAGAUGUGGGCCACAGACGACGGGCGACUGCUGGCCACCCUGCGGGGCCACGCGGCCGAGAUCUCAGACAUGGCGGUGAGCUAUGAGAACACGUUGCUGGCUGCCGGCAGCUGUGAUAAGAUGAUCAGGGUGUGGUGCCUGCAGACCUGUGCACCCCUCGCCGUGCUGGAGGGCCACGCUGCGUCUAUUACCUCUCUGCAGUUCUCUCCUCUCUGCUGUGGCAGUAAGAGGUUCCUGUCCUCCACUGGUGCCGAUGGAACCAUCUGCUUUUGGCAGUGGGAUUCUCGCACGCUCAAAUUCGGUCCACGACCCAGCAAAUUCACAGAGCGGCCUAGACCAGGUGUGCAGAUGAUGUGCUCAUCUUUCAGUGCUGGUGGGAUGUUCCUGGCCACAGGCAGCACUGAUCACAUUAUCAGAGUUUAUUACUUUGGCGGAGGACAGCCAGAGAAGAUAGCUGAGCUGGAGUCCCACACUGAUAAAGUUGACAGCAUCCAGUUCUCGCAUGAAGGAGACAGGUUUGUGAGUGGAAGCAGAGAUGGGACAGCACGAGUAUGGCAGCUACAACAGCAGGACUGGAGAAGCAUCUUACUGGACAUGGCAACCAAACUACCAGGCAAAUACAACCCUCCCCCCCUGGAGGACAAAGUGACCAAGCUGAAAGUCACCAUGGUGGCCUGGGAUUACCAUGACAACAUGGUGAUAACGGCGGCCAACAACCUGACCCUCAAGGUGUGGAACUCGUAUACGGGCAGCCUCAUCCACACCUUAAUGGGUCAUGAGGAUGAAGUGUUUGUGUUGGAGCCACACCCGUUUGAUCCCAGGGUGCUCUUCUCUGCUGGCCAUGAUGGCAAUGCCAUAGUGUGGGACUUAACACGUGGAGUCAAAAUACGCUCCUACUUCAACAUGAUAGAGGGCCAGGGACACGGGGCGCUCUUCGACUGCAAGUGUUCUCCCGACGGCCAGCACUUCGCCUGCACCGACUCGCACGGCCACCUGCUCAUCUUCGGCUUCGGGUCCAGCAGCAGAUAUGACAAGAUAGCGGACCAGAUGUUCUUCCACACGGAUUACCGACCGCUGAUCCGCGAUGCCCACAACUAUGUGUUGGAUGAGCAGACGCAGCAGGCGCCCCAUCUCAUGCCCCCACCCUUCCUGGUGGAUGUGGACGGGAACCCCCACCCUCCGCGCUACCAGCGCCUGGUGCCCGGUCGCGAGAACUGCAGAGAAGAGCAGCUCAUCCCACAGAUGGGCCUGACGUCAUCAGGCUUGAAUCAGGUGUUGAGUCAACAGGCAGCAGAAGGUUCCAGUCCUCUGGACAGUAUGAUCCAGAGACUGCAGCAGGAACAGGACCAGAGACUGGGCUCGGACUCCAGAGCCAGCCGAGGGUCUGUAAGUUCCCCCACAGAGGUCUCUUCUCCUCCUAACGUGGGUCUGAGACGCAGCGGUCAGAUUGAGGGUGUGAGACAGAUGCACAGUAAUGCCCCCCGCAGUGAGAUGGCCACCGAGACAGAUCUGGUGGCAUGGAGCCGACGGGUACUGGUGCCCGAGCUCUCCCCGGGAACAGCCAGUAAACAAGAGAUUUGGAGGACAGCAAGAGGAGAGGAGGAGAUGAACAUCUAUAGAUCAGAGCGACGCAGACGUAGUGUGCACAGCCAGUACCACAAAGAGAACCGGCAGCAUGCAAUAGAAAAUGCAGUGGAAGAGGGACGACGUUACCAAGGAAACCAGCACAACUACCACACAAGGCUGGCCGUAGAAGAGACGAGUAGACAGAGUGAGCCCAACGAGGACGAGCCCAGCGCGUCCGAGGGCGAAGCCGAAGUUCCUCCUCCCAGCAGAGAGUCUUCCGACGAGGAGAAGGAAGAGAAGGAACCCUGGCCUGAUGACCAUAGCAGCUCCAGCGACUACUCCAGUGACUACUCUGACUGGAUGGCGGAUGCUGGCAUAAAUCUUGAACCCCCCAAGAAGACCAUCGUGAAGAAGAAGAAGAAGAACGCCAGUAGCUCCGAGGAGGAUGGAGAGAAGAAAAAAGACAAAGAAGCCAAGAAAGAGCAAAGGAAAGAAAAACAAGAGAAGGAUGGAGCCCUACCAAAGAAGAAGAAACCAAAGGAAAAGAGGAAGUUUCAGGAACAGGGACUAACUCUAGAGGAGUGGCUACCUUCACCCUGGAUCACGGACACUACACCACGGAGAUGCCCCUUCACCCCUCAGAUGGGUGAUGAGGUGUAUUACUUCCGGCAAGGCCAUGAGGCAUACGUGGAGAUGGCCAAAAAAAACAAGAUCUACAGCAUCAACCCUAAGAAGCAGCCGUGGCAUAAGAUGGAGUUGCGGGAGCAGGAACUGAUGAAGAUCGUAGGUAUUAAGUAUGAGGUGGGCUUGCCUACUCUGUGCUGUCUGAAGCUGGCCUUCCUGGACCCAGACACGGGCAAGCUGACUGGAGGCUCCUUCUCUAUGAAAUACCAUGACAUGCCCGAUGUCAUCGACUUCCUGGUUCUCCGUCAGCAGUUUGACAAUGCAAGGCAGCGACAGUGGAUGAUUGGUGAUCGCUUCCGCUCCGUGAUCGAUGAUGCCUGGUGGUUUGGUACAAUCGAGAGUCAAGAACCGUACCAAGCAGAGUAUCCUGACAGCCUCUUCCUGUGCUACAACGUUUGCUGGGAUAAUGGAGAUACAGAAAAGAUGAGCCCAUGGGACAUGGAAGAAAUCCCCAAUGAAGCCGUGUUUCCGGAUGAGCUUGGCCAGAGUGUACCCCUCACUGAGGAGGAGCAGAAAGCUCUGCUCUACCGCCCCCUGGAGGGAGAAUGGGGCUCGUGCACGCGGGACGAGGAGUGCCAACGCAUAAUGAAUGGCAUUGACCAGCUCGCCACGCUAGAUGUGGCGGCUCCCUUUGCUGUACCUGUGGACCUGCAGGCGUACCCCACAUACUGCACUGUGGUGGCAUACAUCACCGACCUGAGCACCAUACGGAGCAGGCUGGAGUAUCGCUUCUACAGGCGAAUGUCAUCUCUGAUGUGGGAGGUUCGCUACAUUGAACAUAACGCACAGACCUUUAACGAGCCGGGAACCUUCAUCGUCAAAACAGCCAAGUUCGUGUCGGACCUCCUGCUGCAGUUCAUCAAAGACCAAAGUUGCAGUGAUAUUAUUCCACUGUACAACAGUAUGAAAAAGACAGCUUUCUCAGACUCGAGUGAUGAUGAAGAGGAAGACGAGGAGACCGAGACGCCAGGGACAUCAAAGUGCAGUAAGAAGGGAAAGCAGCAGCCCAUCCUGAGAAAUCUGAGGAAUAAGGCUGCAUCAGGAGACCCCCAGGCCUGGAGGGGCCGCUGUAGGGAGCUGCUGGAGCUCAUUUUCCAGUGUGAGGACUCCGAGCCUUUUCGACAACCUGUGGAUCUGGUGGAUUACCCGGAUUACCUGGACAUAGUGGAAACACCCAUGGACUUUGGGACAGUCCUGACUGCUCUCCUGGCUGGCGAGUAUGAGUCCCCCAUGGACUUGUGCAAGGACGUGCGGCUCAUCUUCAGCAAUUCCAAAGCCUACACACCCAGCAAGAAGUCCAGGAUCUACAGUAUGAGUCUGCGCCUGUCUGCCCUGUUUGAAGAGCAUGUCAGCUCAAUUCUGGCGGACUUCAAAGCAGCUCAGAGCCUGCAGUCAGAGCGACUGACCCGACAAACCAUGAAGAGGAGGAGGAGAAGCUCCUCCCCGUCCAGCUCCGCCUCCAGCCCUGAGAGGAAGAGGCGUGUCUCCUCUCGUGCUCCUCCCAGCACUGACCCAGCAGCUCCGCCCACCCCAGCGGGCCCGUCCCGCCCACCGUUCUUGAGACAGACGCUUCCGCAUAUCAAUGGAAAAGCAGAGCCCUCCGUCGCCACUGGACGCACUCGUAGCUCCGCCCGUUUUGGAACUCAGCCCACAGACCCGCCCCCUCCACAGUCAUCUCUGUCACCUGUCCCCACCCACAGCAAGGGGGUUGAGCCCUCUUCCAGGAUCCUUCGAGCUCAGAAUUCUCACCCAACUCCGAGCAUCUCAAAGGAAACCGAGAAUUCCACCGUUUCCCAUGGUAACGACGGAGGAGGUAGAGAGUCGAGGCGGAAACUUCGUUCUCCCAUUAAACAUACAUCAGGUCCCGUGGAUUCUCCCCUGCCCCCGAACAACGUUCAUCUGAAUGGCCAUAGUGGUCAGGUGACUUUGCGUGUGGUAAAAAGGGGGCGGGGCAGACCCAGAUUAGAUUCCCAAGUAAGGACAGCAGAGGAGGCUGAACCACCACCCUUGCCCCGCCCCCCUGGCAAGAAGCGAGGCCGGAAAAGCAAAAAAGAGCUGGAGGCUUUACGAAUGAAUUCCACCAAUGAGGAUGAGCUACACCAGUCCACAGGUGAUGAGGGUGGGGCUUCAUCCACCGCACAGGACAGUAGCCUAUCAGACUCAGGAGUGGGCCUUCCAGAACAACCCAGAAGACGUGGGAGACCCCGAUUAGUCAGGACAACAGAUCAAGCUCCUCCUACGCAAGCCCCCUCCAGUCCUAAAACCCUGAGGAGAAGCAGCCGCCGCGGCAACGAACAGGCCACGCCUCCAGCCCCAGAUCCGGCACGGAGAGAUGAGCCAGAGCUGGAUGGUGCAGAGUCGGGAGGGGAUGGGAGCUCCAAGGGCCCAAUGAGAACACGUAACCAGGGCCGAAGGACAGCGUUCUACAACGAGGAAGACUCUGAGGAAGAGCAGAGACAGCUCCUGUUCGAGGACGCCUCCAUCACCUUCGGCACGUCCAGCAAAGGCAGAGUCCGCAAGCUCACAGAGAAGGCCAAAGCAAACCUGAUUGGCUGGUAACCAUGCCAACGUGCCGGUCCUUUGUGACGCCAUCCCAUGUUUCUGCCCCGCUGCUGACCCAUGGUGCACUGGGGCGACACCAUUCCUGCUGCUAUAUGUCUGUUUGAGUUUAUCCGAAUCUUUGAUUCUGACUCUGAUUUGAAGCUGACUCUGAAUCUUGGAUUCUCUUCAGCGACUCUGUACUUCAGGGCUUCUGUCCUUUAAACAGUCGCUGGCCUCCCAAAGCCCUAACCCUAGACGCUCUCCCUUGGGUAAAACCGCAUAUGCAGUUAAACGUGCAUUUACCAUGUCUUCAGCUACGUGUGCACUGUUUGAAGGCCAGUGAGUCGCAGUCCUUCAGUCAGACAAAUGUCCCCAUUUCUUUUCUUGCAUCACACAUGCAUCAUCGUGUUUUUACACAGUAGUAGUUGCUAAUGGCAACAAAUCAAACUAUUCUUCAGAAUACGGUUUUUAACAAAGUGUUCCCCAACUGUGUGCGCGUGAACAUUUGUGUGCAUGAGGGUGGGUGUGUGUGCGUGUGUAUAGAGUUUAUGAGUAGACUAUUUGGUGGUUAUGCAAUGAUGGACCUUUUAAACUGUUCCUUUUGUCUUUAAAUCUUUAAAUAAGUCAAAGAAAGAAAUAAUGGCUGGGUUAGCAUGUUUUAUAUGAUUAGCAAUACCUUGUGCCUUUUGAUCAUUUAAAUACAUACAAUGUUAUUUCUUUGUACUCCACACUGUGUAGUAUUUGUGUGUGUGUGUGUGUGUUGAAUGUUUUACUGCUAUUGAUUUAUCCAGAACACAUUGUGUCUUUUAUCUGUUGCCGAGAUAUAGACUGGUAAGUACUAUGUCUCUCUGUUUGUGUGUGCGUUUGUGUGUGCGUGCGUUUGUGUGCGUGCGUUUGUGUGUGUGCGUUUGCGCGUGUGUGCGCGUGUGUGUGCGCGUUUGUGUGUGUGUGUGCAGGUGGUGUAAACGGGAGAGAGUGACAAAGGUGACCUCAUUAUGUUGGGGGGGUGUGAGGCAUAGAAUUGUGACAUUAGGUAUAGAAACACUCUUAUGCCUUGAGCUCCUGUUGUGGCACUGAAGAAAAAUUAACCUGCACCACACAACACACACACACACACACACACACACACACACACGAACACAGAGUUACGAGAGCUAUGUUCUUGUCCACACUGUUUUCUGUCCUGUAUCUUGGGAUUGGUCUUGUAUUCAGCGAGGCUGUACUAGGGUUGAUGGGCAGAAGGGGAAGUCUUCCCUGUGUAUUAUGACGGAACGAAACACUUCUGAAAGCGCAUAUUCCUUUCCUGCUGGCUCCAACUCUGGACACGGUGUGAUUCUCUCCUUCCCCACUGGAGAGCGCCAGUGCUCGCUUCUGAUGCCCUGGCUAUUCAUUCAGAUCCCACAGAGGAGAGUGGAAAGAUGUCUUUCUGUAUGUGGAUCUGCUUGUGUGCCUUGGAUUAUUAUUUGUGUGUGUGUGUGUGUGUGUGUGUGUGUGUGUGUGUGUGUGUGUGUAAUGGGGAAAUGGGAAAAGAUUACAGACUACAGAUUACAGACUCAGUUUAAUCCAGGUACUACAUGCCGAAUGCUUAAUGAACAGUGGUGGAAACUAAAUCUCCAUGAGGUAUUCAUGGCGCCUGGUUUAACUGAUGCUUUGCAUUUAUUAUUUUGGAGUUGUCAUUAUAUAUAUAUAUAUAAUGACAAAAUGUAUAUAUUUAUAUAUCAUAAAUUUUUUACUUUUUUUUUUCCUAUGGUCUUGCUCAUUGUCAGUAAUUGUGGUCUGGUCAGAACCUGAUGCCAUGGUACUGAUUUAGCCCAUAGCUUUAAACCUGGUUCGGUGAACCAAAGGGGGUGUGUGUGUGUGAGAGUGUGUGAGAGUGUGUGAGUGAGAGAGAGUUCGUAGUGUAUGGCUGUAUGAAUUGUCUGUGCAUGCAUGCCAUUAAUACUCUUUAAAUUGUGUGGGUGUGUGUCCUGGCGUUUAUCUCAUUAAGAUGAUUUUAUAAUCACUUGCAAAAUGAAAUCUUAUUAUCUCUGAAUUAUGACCCUUACUCACCGUACUCCUACCGGCACAGGAAGUGACGUCACACUGACACUGAUUAAUGGGUCACGAGGCGAAAGUAAGGCAGACUGCACGCGCGCUCUGUUUACUGCCCCGUAAGUCUUGAGCGCGCUCUCGUUUAGGGUCUGGGCUUUCCCUCGCCAGUUCUACAUGCCUGGCCCGAGGGAUCUUUCUAUGUUAGUUUGUAUACUUUUAUAUAAAGAAGAGUAAAUGCAAAAAAUCCCAUUAAAAUAGAAUGUACACGUAGUUAGUACUGUUGUCAGUAGUUAGUUCAUACUGAUAUUUUAAUGAAAUAAACAGUUGUGUUUCCA